UUAGUUAUUAUUGUUGUGCGUCUACGUCGUGUUUUGAGCCACCUUUUUGGGCGUUGUUUUUUUUCAAUUAAUUUUUUUAUGAUUUUAAAAAUAAAAUUGACUUACAAUAACCGAAUUGUUAAGCUAAAUUAUUUCUUCAAAUAUAUCACAAUUAUCUGUGCAAAUGCAUUGUAUUGUUUACCUUAUAUGUUUACAUCAAUGUGUUACUACAGAGGAAAAAAAUCAACAAAAAUCUAGUUAGAAGCUUAGGCACUUGUUUGAUUUGCUUCAAAAUUUUCUGAAGUUUGUCGUUAAAGCGAUACAGUCACAGUCGCCAUUAAUCCUGAAAAACUUGCGCUUGUGGUGGGACUAUGUCAACAAUCGACGACGAACGUAACGCAUACAAAAACAAUCCAUAUUUUACUGGACAUAUUUACGGAAAUUUUUCUCCAUUUUAUGUGACUAUUGCUGUUUGUACGGUAAUACUUGGUUCAAUCAUAAUAUUAAACAUAAUACUGGGCUGCUGUUCAAAACAUCGUAAAUACUGGCAAGAUAGACAUACAGGCAACCGUUGGCUAGUGUCUAUUUGGUCGGCUACACCACAUUUACAACCACCAUUGGAUUUAACUGAGCUAAAAGACGCUUCCUAUUUCCAAAGCUUACAUCCAACAACACAUAUAUUCCACGAGGACGUUGAAUCACAAGUUGUACCAGUACAUCAACCUCAUACCCAUCGGCCACAACGCCCGGAAGGACGUAGUCUACAUCAUCAGCGGCAACAAGAAGAAUAUCUUGAAUUGCAAAAACGCGAAAGCGAUAUUUAAACUAAAUUAAUAUGGCGUUCAUAUUAUUGUAUCCAGCUGUCGCUGUACUUGCCUUGUUCAUUGUUGGUGUCAUCAUAAUUAUAUUACGUUUUGGACCAAGGCUUUGUGGUCUACGGCAUCAUGCGUUGCCAGAUAAUAAUGAAUGGCGCCAGCGAGGAUAUGCACAAGAGAUCAGCUAUGCAUAAAUGCAAGGGACCACGUUUAUCAUAAAUUUAUUACAUUAUCUAAAGAAAUUCAUAGUUAUUAUAUUUUUUAUAUACAAAUAAUAUAAAGCAAUAGCAUAUUUUUUUCACUUUUAUGUUGGUACAGUACAAAAUAUAUUUUAUUAUUUAUUUAUCACCACUUAUGUGCCUUCCCACCAGGGUCCAUUAAGAUAUUUUAUCUAUUAGUAUUUUAAAAAGCAGUAAUUAAGGUCAUCCAUUCCGUCCGAAAUCGAAUAUUUUUUUAUAGAAAUUAAGGCAACGAAUUCUAAUCUUGUACUAACUUUUUUAAAAAUUAUUAAAUAAAUUUACAUAUCAAUUUUACAAUUUA